UUUAACUUUAUUCCACACACACCAUAUUUAUUUCAAAGUUAAUUUUCUCUCUCUUCACCAAAGAAAUCUGGAAAACUCUCUCAUUCUCAAACAAACCCUAGCCGCCGCCUCCUCCCUCCUUCAGUGUGUCUCCGGCGGUCGUUACAUUGCUCCACCAUCUUCAUUUUUGAAAAUCCAUCACCAUAAAAAGAGUCCCCUCCAUCUUCUCUACAAAACCCAUUUAAAAAUAUCAGGAACGGACAACCUUCGCCGGUGACCACCACGCCGGGAAAGAGCUUACGUGUUUUCAUCCCAAUCUUGCUGGGGCAUUAAUAGGAUUUCCACAACAUCUUCUCUUCUUUUAUUAAGAGAGAUAGUUUUUCAUAUAGAAUGCAGAAUGGUAAGCGUGGACAACAAGUCAAUUUCUGACUUUGAGAAAGAAAUUUUCAACAAAUUCAGGGAUUUCAUGACAGGGAUUACAAAGAUUGAUGAAUUGGGAACUGCUGGAAGUAAGCUGCUGUCUGGCUUUCAACAAGCAUUAGAGUUUAUUCGCAAGCCUGCUAUAGACAAAAAUUCCAAAUUAGUCAACAGCAUCAUUAAAGCUAAUGAAACUGAAAGACUUAAAGCCUAUAUCAACUUUGAAUGUAAGAAUCGCAAAGAUGUUGUCCGGAAUGCAACCAAUUUGGGCUCGUGUAAACAAGGACUUCUUCACCUAAUAAGAGAAGUGAAGGUAGUACUUGAUGAACUUGAUGAUAUAAAGGCCAAUGUAACAAAUGUUUCACAAAGAAUGCAUGGAAAGUUAUCAGCCCUUUCAGAUCCUGAUAUUGAUGUUAAAUUGAAUGAGCUACGAAUCGAUAAUAAUGUGGACAAAAAUGCUGCUUGCAGUCAUUCUGGAAGUACUGAUGUCUCAGCUACAAAUAGUAAGGAAAAAACUGAUUAUACAAGUUUAGCUUUCCUUAUGGUUGGCAUAUACGAAAUGGUCCAAGAAGAUUAUUUGAUGCAGGAAAGGAUUGUCUUUGCUUUAGAUUUGAACAUGUCAACGGAAGAACUGGAAAACUACUGCCAAAUGUGGUCUUUGCAUCCCUUCAUAAAUGAUGAAAUCACGCAUCAGGCUUGGAAAUACAUUCGCUGAGCAGUCUUUUAUUUUUAUUGUAUAGAAUAGAAUCAGUUACCAUCAAGCUAGAUAAAGUUUUUGCCCUAUUUAUAAAGAAUUCUAUUUAAAGAAUGGCUCUUAAGAGUUAUGAUAUUCAGAUCCUAAUGCAAUGUUUGGUUCCGCAGUAGAAUUGCAAUUCUCGCA